AUGGAGGCGAAGAAGAAGUCGGCCCCCGCCGCUGCCGGAGCCGCGGCGCCGCCGCCGGCUAACGGGUACUUCAGCACCGUCUUCUCCGUGUCGCCUGCGGGGAGCACAAAUGACGCAAAGCAGUCGGACUUGUACACGAUGCUGAACAAGCAGAGCUCAGAGGCAGAAUGGCAGUAG